CGCGAUGGCGCCACAAUCGUCAAAGAAGUAACGAGUACCAUCUGAUAUUCGAUUUAUCAAAGCAUCUCUCUCGGAAACGUUGAAUUUCAAACAAACUAUCCACAAAUUGUCGAUUGCCAAACAAUGUAAAUGAUACAAACGAUCUGUCAAAAGUGCCGGUGAUCAGUUUCAAGAUGGAAGAUCUACUAGUGACGGACGCAGCGGCGAUUAAAGAGAGGUUUCUGACGACUGGUUGCCCGAGGCUAGAUGCGAAGCUCGGUGGCGGCAUACCUUGCAGGGGUAUCACGCAGAUCUACGGUGCCGCUGGCACCGGCAAGUCACAGUUGGCUCUACAGUUAUGUCUCACCGUCCAACUGCCGAUAACCGCGGGCGGUCUUGGAGCUGGUGCCAUAUACAUUUGCACGGAAACUGCUUUUCCUUCAAAACGGUUACAACAGUUGCUGAGAAACUCGGAGAUAGCUAAAACUCAUUCUGUGAAUGGAGAUGUGAUAUUAGUGAACCACAUAGCCACUAUUGAAGACCUGGAACUAUGCCUGCAACGUAAAGUGCCAAUACUGAUGAGUACUCGUAAAACAGGAUUGUUAAUUAUUGACUCGAUAGCUGCCCCUUACAGAGUAGAGGAUUGGAGAGAUGAGGUGCAGGGCAAAAGCAAGAGAAGCAUCGGGAGGCAAUUACACGAACUUUGUAAAAACGAUGACAUAUGUGUGAUAUGCAUUAACCAGGUUUCCGCGGUUAUAGAUGGUCACAGAAUUAUUAAUGAGGACGCGACUGAGAAACCAGCUCUAGGAUUCACAUGGUCAAGCAUGAUAACCACUUCUAUAUAUUUCUAUAGAAGACUCGCCUCGCGAUAUGCUUGUGUGAUGCUAGCUUCGCACCUGCCAAGGCUCACUUUCCAAUUUGAGGUAAACAAAUCUGGUGUCAGGGCGGCUGAAUAAAUUUGUUUGUGUUACAAAACAA